AUUUAUUACUUCAAAACAGAUCAACAACAAUCUUCUGCUGCAAUGUAUAUCCUCAUACAUAAAAAAAGAUCAAUGCUAAAUUACAUAUACUAAAUAGGAAGAGAUAAGAGAAGUGUCACACCAACAAUCCAAAUUUUAUCACCAUCAAAUCAACAAUGACACACAACCAACAUCAAGGUGAUACAACUAUAACCACUCCUUUCAUGCCAAAUCAAGCAGGUGAUAAAGGAAAAAACAUUCCUUCUACCAGUAAAACUCAUCAGCAUGACAACAAUAUAAAAAAAAGUUCAACCAACACAGAGAAAAGUCAAUUGCAAAGCGCAUUGCAAAGAGUGGAUAAGUAUAUAUUAACAACCCAAACAAUAUCACAUGUCGAAGAUGAACAUCCACGUUUGAAAAAGCAGCGUAAAAUCAAUUGGCUAUUUAGAGCAUUAUCUCAAGAGUCUGAAGUUAGAGGUACAUCGGAAAACCCUAUUCAUAUCUUACAUAACUUGAACGUUCAAUAAUAUCAAAUUACAUUUCUAACAUAUCUCUAAAAAUAUUUCUAUAUAUAGGAAUUGUUGCUUAUAACUUAUCUUUAUCAUAUCUGCACGUGCUGAAAGCCGUCCCAGAAUGUAUUUAUUGUGCUGCAAAAAGAUUGGAACAUGAACCUCCAGCAUUCUGUUGUGCAAGCGGAUAUAUCAAAUUGGCAAACACUGAAGCACCAACAGAACUAUAUGAAAUGUUUGUGGCAUCUACUCCAGACGCGGUAGAGUUUCGCAAAAAUAUUCGUGCAUAUAAUAGUAUCUUUGCUUUUACAUCUUUUGGUGUUAACCUGGAUAAGGAACUAGCAUCUGCAAAAAAAGGAGUAUACACAUUCAGGGCACAAGGUCAAAUUUAUCAUGAUCUACCAUCGUUGCUACCACGUGAUAACAAUCCAUGUUACUUCCAACUAUACUUCUUUGAUACAGACAACGAAUUGACGAACAGGCUAUCGAAGGUGAAUGAAGGAAUUCUUUCAGACCAUAUUGCAACAAAAAUCAAACAGGUAAUGGAGAGUAACCCAUAUGCACAAAUAUUUUGCCAAUUAAAAAACCAAACAAGUUUCCACAAUUUACAACUUCGUAUUGCUGCAAAUGCCUCUUUGGAUCAACGAGUGUACAACAGACCCUCGGUAAGUCAAGUAGCAGCAAUUUGGAUCGAUGGAAACAAUCCAAAUAUACCUUUUGAUCGAGAAAUAAUUGUUCAUGAGCACUCAGGGUACAAACAUAGAGUAAAACACUAUUUUGGUUGUUAUGACCCUCUUCAAUAUCCUUUGUUAUUCCCAAGAGGUGAAGGUGGAUGGCAUCAAGGAAUAAGAAAACAGAGCAAAAGACUGCCUCACAGAAGAAGUGCUCACUCACCACCUAUACUCAAUGAUAUUCCAACAUUCAUAUCAGCUGAUGCAAUAUUAGCCAACGAGGAUCAAGAAGUCCGCCGUGAGACAAAGGGAAAUGUUUCUUGCAGAGAGUACUAUUGUUAUAAGCUACAACUACGAGAAACAGAGAGGUCAGUAUUACUACUAUGUGGAAGAUUACUACAACAAUUUGUGGUUGACAUGUACAUAAAAUUGGAAACCACAAGGCUAGAAUAUUUCAGAAAGGAACAAUCAAAUUUUAGAAGAGAGGUUUAUCAAGGUAUUGUUGAUAGUGUCAGCUCGGGAGAAUGCAGGGGAGACAGAAUUGGGCAAAGAAUACUACUUCCAUCAUCUUUUAUUGGGGGGCCACGAGAUAUGAAAAAACGCUAUAUGGAUGCAAUGGCUUUGGUACAGCAUUUUGGUAGACCAGAUCUGUUUAUAACAAUGACGUGCAAUCCUGACUGGAUUGAAAUCCAACAAGAAUUGCGCCCCGGACAAACUCCUCAAGAUAGACCUGACUUGGUAACAAGAGUAUUCAGAGCUAAGUUGCAGGAUCUAAAAGAACAAAUUUUCAAGAAAGAAAUAUUUGGAAUUGUUGUUGCUCAUGUAUUCGUGGUAGAAUUUCAAAAACGAGGACUACCACACAUACACCUACUUCUCAUAUUAAAAGAAGGACACAAGAUCAAAUCAGGAGAUCAGUACGAUAGGUUUAUCUCAGCAGAGAUUCCAGAUAAAUAUGAGUAUCCUAUAUUGCAUAAAUUAGUGCUCAAACAUAUGAUGCAUGGUCCAUGUGGAAACAAACGUCCAACAAACACAUGCAUGCAAAAUGGACAGUGUAAAUAUCAUUAUCCAAGGCCAUACAACAACAAAUCAAUCCAAGCAAAGGAUGGAUAUCCAAUUUAUAAAAGAAGAAUGGAUGGAAGAAUAGAGAUUGUUCGUGGAAUGCAUAUGACAAAUCAAUGGGUAGUACCUUAUAGCCCUUAUCUGCUUACAAGAUACAAUUGUCACAUUAAUGUUGAGGUUUGCUCAGGAGUCAAAGCAAUAAAGUAUCUAUACAAGUAUAUAUAUAAAGGACAUGAUCGGUGUGCAGUUUAUGUUCAGUCUGAUGAUGGUGAAAAUGUUAUUGACGAAAUACAAACAUUUCAAGAUGCGCGAUGGGUCUCACCGCCUGAAGCACUAUGGAGAAUAUAUGAAUUCAACUUGACUGAAAUGCAACCUGCAGUCAUCAACCUUCAACUACAUUUGCCAGAAAAACAUUCAGGUACACAUAUUAAUGCAUUAUAA